CUCCUGUACCUAGUUGGCUGCCAGGUCAGCAUGAAAACAUUUAGAGAUAAGCGUGGACACUGCCCAUGCAGCGGGGCUGUUCAGCCUGACAGGAAAGUGUGUCUGCCAGAAACGCCUUCCAAGAGUAACUCUUGGUGCACUGGUCCCCAGCGGACCUUAAGAAUGCCGGAUGCAGUAUAGGGUCUUUCUCAUACAGUGCCGAGGAGACCGAGUCAACAAAGCAGGGGGUUUUUUGAAAUUACACCAAUUUGGAAUCGAUGGGUAAUUACUUUUGUGAGGUCGACAUAUAUUGGGGAUUUCGUAAGAGGCCCUUCCUCCCCACUUAAUUUUAGAGGUCUCAUGUAGCCCAGCUGGCCUCAAAUUCCUGAUCCACUUGCCCCUACCUCUCAGUGAUGGGAUACAGGCGUUUGCCACUGGGCUUGGACAAAUUUUUUUUUUUUUUUCUUUUUCAAGAUUGGUAACAGUAUGUAGAGUAGUCUGACCUCAAACUUCUGGCUAUCCUGUGUUACCCAGGAGCCAUACUGCAUUCUUGAAAGAUGAGCCAAGAUGCGGGUGUGCUGGUUGGUGAGACAGGACAGCCGGCACCAGCGAAUCAAACUUCCCCAUUUGGAAGCUGUUGUGAUUGGUCGAAGCCCAGAGACCAAGAUCACAGAUAAGAAAUGUUCCCGACAGCAAGUACAAUUGAAAGCAGAGUGUAACAAGGGAUAUGUCAAAGUACAGCAGAUGGGGGUCAAUCCCACCAGCAUUGACUCGGUCGUCAUCGGGAAGGACCAAGAGAUGAAGCUGCUGCCUGGUCAGGUUCUCCACAUGGUGAAUGAACUUUAUCCAUACAUCGUAGAGUUUGAGGAGGUGGCAGAGAGCACUAACCUAACACAGAGGAAGAGAAAGAGGUCAGACUGUGAUAGUGAGGAGAUGGAAGCUGAGUCUGGGACAGGGCUGGCACCUGAGAGCAGCCCCAGCCAGUGCUCUGUGUCCCCUAAGAAGGGCAAGGAUGGAGCCACCAAAAAGGAAUCACUGGGCCACUGGAGUCAAGGCUUGAAGAUGUCUAUGAAAGACCCCAAAAUGCAGGUUUACAAAGACGACCAGGUGGUGGUGAUUAAGGAUAAAUACCCCAAGGCCCGUCACCACUGGCUGGUCUUACCGUGGGCCUCCAUUGCCAGUCUGAAGGUUGUGACCAGCGAACACCUUGAACUUCUCCAACACAUGCACGCCGUGGGGGAGAAGGUGAUAGCAGAUUUUGCUGGAUCCAGCAAACUGCGCUUCCGAUUGGGUUACCAUGCCAUUCCCAGCAUGAGCCAAGUACAUCUUCAUGUGAUCAGCCAGGAUUUUGAUUCUCCUUGCCUUAAAAACAAAAAGCAUUGGAAUUCUUUCAAUACAGAAUACUUUCUGGAAUCACAAGCUGUGAUCAAGAUGGUUCAGGAAGCCGGCAGAGUGACUGUUAAAGAUGGGACUUGUGAACUCUUGAAGCUGCCUCUCCGUUGCCAUGAGUGUCAGCAGCUGCUGCCUUCCAUCCCACAGCUGAAAGAGCACCUCAGGAAGCACUGGGGCGGGUGACACUCGCCUUGGUGACCAAGGGCAGUCUAGCAUCUCUGCAUUGCCUAGGCUCCGUUCAAUCCUGAACUAAAGUGUACAAUUCUUCAAAACAAAGCUUAUUUAUUCUUGAGUGGCCACACAUAGGGCGCACUCUGGUGCGGGAAUGGAAUUCAGGUUUGUGUGGUGUAUUCUCUGGUAAUGGAGGCUGAGACAUGCCUGAUCACCCUCCCAGGACCAUGGCAGGCCUGACUAAUGAGAGGGCAGAGCCAGCUUGAGACUCAAAUGCACGAUGGUAAUAUAUUUUGUUCCUACCCUCGUGCCUGGAUUGUGUAGUAUCUGCUCAUCAAGGUAGCUGAGGUUCUGAGGGGCCUGGUUCUGCCUUUAGUCUGCUCUGUGAUAUUCUUCUUCCCUCCAUGAGGAGGCUUUCAAUCUACUGCACCAGGCUGAGUGUCUAGUUGAAAAUAUGUGGCAGCCAUCUGCACAGAGAGAUAAUUUGUGUAUGACUGUGCCAGGGAAGAGGAAGUGGUAAUACUGGGCACAGUAUGUUAACAGUACAGUCUGUGCUGAGGGCAGCCUGGGGCAGUGUGAGCUGUACAGUCUGUGCUGAGGGCAGCCUGGGGCAGUGUGAGCUGUACAGUCUGUGCUGAGGGCAGCCUGGGGCGGUGUGAACUGCACAGUCUGUGCUGAGGGCAGCCUGGGGCGGUGUGAACUGUACAGUCUGUGCUGAGGGCAGCCUGGGGCGGUGUGAACUGUACAGUCUGUGCUGAGGGCAGCCUGGGGCAGUGUGAACUGUACAGUCUAUGGUGAGGGCAGCCUGGGGCAGUGUGAGCUGUACAGUCUGUGCUGAGGGCAGCCUGGGACGGUGUGAACUGCACAGUCUGUGCUGAGGGCAGCCUGGGGUGGUGUGAACUGUACAGUCUGUGCUGAGGGCAGCCUGGGGCAGUGUGAACUGUACAGUCCGUGGUGAGGGCAGCCUGGGGCAGUGUGAGCUGUACAGUCUGUGCUGAGGGCAGCCUGGGGCGGUGUGAACUGUACAGUCUGUGCUGAGGGCAGCCUGGGGCGGU